AUGGAGGACGUACAGGUGCAGACAACCAUUCUGCUCAAUGAUGGCUCCAAGUUUCCACUUCUAGGCCUGGGAACAUGGAAGUCCCCACUUCUCCCCAAGACCUCGAUGCAGGGAGCAGUGGAGGCAGCAAUCGUGGCAGGAUACCGUCAUAUUGACACUGCAUACUGUUACGAGAAUGAAAAGGAGAUUGGGAAAGCCCUGGAAGCCAAAAUACAACAGGGGAUCAUUCGACGCCAGGACAUGUUCAUAGUCAGUAAGCUGUGGAGUGCACACCAUGCUCCAGAGGACAUCCCUCUGGGUCUCAACAAGUCUCUAGCAGAUCUAAAGCUGGAUUACCUGGACCUUUUUCUGGUGCACUUUCCUGUUGCUCUAAAAAAAACAGGAGAUGCCCAGAAGGAGAGACAGGAGAUCACGUCUGACAUAGAUUACGUGGAUGUGUGGAGAGGGAUGGAGGCUCUCCAGGCCUCUGGGAAAGUGAAAAGCAUUGGGGUUUCCAACUUCAACAUCUUGCAGCUGGAGAGACUGUUGGCCCUGUGUCGGGUCCCGCCUGCUGUCAACCAGGUGGAGCUCCAUCCAUACCUGGUGCAGCCUGAACUGAUAGAGUUCUGUAAAUCCAAGAACAUAGCGCUGACUGCCUACAGUCCGUUUGGAUCCCCGGGGAGACCAGCAGAGAUGUUAAACGGGGACACGGACCCCGUGAACCUUCUGACUGACCCUGUGGUCACACACAUCGCCAAAGAGCACAGACGCAGUCCUGCACAGGUUUUACUGAAGUAUCACACACAACAGGGUGUUGCAGUUAUCCCAAAGAGUGAGCGAGCUCAUCACAUCCUGGAGAAUACAAAGAUCCAUGACUUUAGACUAACAGAAGAAGAUAUGGCGGCUCUCAGAGGCCUUGACCGUGGAUGGAGAGCUUGUGCGAUGGAAGAACUCAAGUCUCAUCCUUACUACCCCUUUGUGUGA